AUGUAUGUAGCGCAGAGCCUGCGGGGUUACUUCUGCAGCCCCCUCAAAACGCCGGGAACCUGCCGCCGGCCGCUGCCUGCCCUCGGGCAGAGGUGCACCGCGGGCCCCCACGCCCCGACCCGCGCCCUGCUCCGCCUCUCGCCCCGGAGCGGGCACACACGCCCGGCGCCGGGCGGCCUCGGGGGCUGGCUCUGGCCGCCCUGCGGGCACCAGCGGGGCCGGCCCGGGACGACCCCGCCGUCGAGCGCUGCCCUCAGCCCCGGGGCGGCUCUGGCUGCCGCAAAGGACGCGGCCCCCGGCCCGUCCCCGCGGGGCGGGCGGGCGGGGCGGGAGGCGGGCGCGGCCGAGCGUGACGGCGGAGGGCGGGAGCGGAGCCCGCAGCGAGGAGCGACCCGGCUGCUGCCGCCUCCGCCUCCGCAGCGCCCGUUCGCCCCGCCGAGCGCCAUGGCGGCCGCGGCCGCCGAGCCCAGCAGCGGCCGGUACCAGCAGCUGCAGAACGAAGAGGAGCCAGGCGAGACUGCACCAGUGGUGAACGAUGCCCCUCCGCCUUACAGCAGCAUUUCUGCGGAGAAUGCAGCUUAUUUUGACUACAAGGAUGAGUCAGGAUUUCCUAAGCCUCCAUCUUACAACGUGGCCACAACACUGCCUAGUUAUGAUGAGGCAGAGAGAACCAAGGCUGAAGCCACAAUUCCCUUGGUUCCUGGAAGGGAUGAUGACUUUGUGACACGGGAUGACUUUGAUGACGCCGACCAGCUGAGGAUAGGAAAUGACGGCAUUUUCAUGCUAACUUUCUUCAUGGCAUUCCUCUUCAACUGGAUCGGAUUUUUCCUGUCUUUCUGUCUGACUACUUCAGCUGCAGGACGAUAUGGGGCCAUUUCUGGGUUUGGUCUGUCUCUUAUUAAGUGGAUCCUUAUUGUCAGGUUCUCCACCUAUUUUCCUGGUUACUUUGAUGGCCAGUAUUGGCUUUGGUGGGUCUUCCUUGUACUAGGUUUUCUGCUGUUUCUCAGAGGAUUUAUUAAUUAUGCAAAGGUUAGGAAGAUGCCAGAUACUUUUUCCACUCUCCCCAGAACCAGAGUUCUCUUUAUUUACUAAAGACAGAUGUUUUCUGGCAAAAUGUCUUCCUGCGUUAGUGAAUUCUCCCUCCAGAAGCAACAGGACACCUGCAGGAAGUGAAUCAAGACUCUGGAGCAGAAGAAAAAAUAAUCACCUACUUUAAAAUAAAUAAAUAAAAGUACUGUUGGAAAGAAAAAUGGAAAAGGUGAAGUAUUUCUUUCUGUUUGUUUCUAGGUGUAAAAUUUUAAUAAUUAAUGCAGAAUUCUGUAGUCAUUGAAUCAUUAGUGGCUAUUGUUUGAUAAAGCUAUUGCAGUCGAGUCUGUGACGUGCUGAUAAAGCCUUCUGUAGCUCAUUUCUGUAGUCGCUGGCGAGAGCCCUGCCCCGGAGCCGGCAGGGGACAGGCGUGCUUUAGUUCCUCCUCCAGCCCGGGAGCGGGUUUGGGCUCUGCUCUGUCCCUACAGCCUGCGGGACGUUGGCGCCCGAAGGGGUGAUCUCAAAAGUUGAAGUGAUGGCAUUGCCGUGGUGAUGCACCACUCAGCAGCGCCCGUGCUGGCCCUGGCCGAAAGGAAAAAUGGGUGAGAAAGUAUUGUUUUGAAGGUGGCUCAAGUAUUAAUUUUUUUAAUAGUCUAUAUUCUCAAUGUUGUAGUAUACUUUACUUUCAUACUGCCUACUUUUUGGCCUACGUAGGGGUUUUCACGGUACACGUUGGUAGUGUAAAAAUGAAAGAUCACGUUGCAACUUUGUAUAAAAAAUUACCUUGCAAAACAAAGGCUUUUUUUGGUUUUUCCCCCCUUGGCUUGGGACUUUUGAGACAAUUCCUAACAUACCUGUAAUUCUUGCUUUUAUAAUUUGUGUUAGCAGAGACUAUGAUGCAUUAUAAAUGUAGAUUUAAUGUGCACUUCCGUGCUUUCUGCCAAGUGGUAAUUCACUUUGGAGUUUUACUAUGUUAAAACUGUAAAUAUAGCAGAACAUUAAUAAAUGUCACUUAUC